GCAUUUUACCCUCGGCACCCGGACACGUAGACGGAUUUAACCGGCAUCAGCCCACGGGGAUUGUGGAGAAGACCACAACUCUAAAUCGCAUCACCCGUCUCCUCGGGACUUCUGGAACUCUUCUGGAAGCUUUGGGGACGAAAAACCUGCGACCGCGGGUCCAUCGCAUCGACGCAUCUCGGAUCGUGCCUAAAUUCGAAAGGGUGCUGUAACUCCACUAUCACGACGCAGCACGGCGGCACCGUUGGGUUCUGUCAUCACAAGCCGGCAUAACCAGCUAAUCACGAGAUUCGGUACCGGAAGUGGAAACAGCGGUUAAAAUGAUGUCUUCCGGCUCGUUUGCCGCAGCCACUGGUCCGUUUCCUUAUGAAGCCGGCGCAGCAACCGGCAUCGGGCCCAAUCCCGGACCCGGAACCGGAUCCGGGUUCGGCAUUCAUUCGCACCAUCAGCAACCACUUCCCCUAGAUGACACUUCUGUUGCAGAACCAAUCAUCCUGGACUCAACUAUCCCACUCCCCGGUCCUUCCACCUCGCAACCACCACAUAAAUUUAAUCCCUUCAACACCACUCAACAACAAAGACAACAAAACGGGCACGACAUAACAGCCACCCUCCAACUCCAACUCCAACAACUCCAAGCCACCCUGACCCAAGCCCUCUCCGAGCGGGACGCCGCCCGCCUGUCUCUUGCCACCCUGCGCAACGAGCUCUACAACGCCCGACAAGUCGAAAAACGGCUGCGCAUCGAGCGCGACGAAGCUCGAGCGCAAGUUAGCUUUCUCAAACAGGAGAGGACACAGGUGCGCCAGACGGAAGUCAGGUUGAGGAGGGAAAGGAAUGAAGCUAGAGUUGCUUUGGCCCUAGCUGUGCAGGCGCAGGGUGGGAAGCUGAAGGGGGUAGGGAGCCUGGGGAAAGCACAAGGAGGUAUGAAGGGGAUCGAGUUGUUUUUGGGGACGGGAACGAGGACGGCGAAGAUGCAGGGCGCGAUGUCUGGUGCUCGUGCUCCGGAAGCACAUGGUCAGGGAAUACCGGGCCAGCAACAACUACCACAAGAGCCGCUUGUACAGCAAGCGAGUGGACAAGCGCAAGCGGGUGCGGGUGCAGCAGCAGCAGUUGUGUUAGAGGGAGUUUCGGGGGCAGUAACAGACUUUGGGCUGCCUUUGCAGCAAGGAUUUGGAGCGGAUAUGGACCAGCAGCUGGAAGAGUUCUUGAUUAUGCAUGGGGUGGAUAGCAGGGAGGCUUCGCCGGUUCAGCAGGUGCCGACGCCGCCAGGGAUGGGGUAUGGACAUGAGGCUGGGGCUGGGGGGCAGUUUGAGAUGAUGCAGUCGUAGGACUUGUAGGCAUCGCGGGCGAGAGAUUAGGGCUGAUGGUAGAU